AUGGCAAGAGUGAAGUACAUGAUUUUUAAAGACACUUUCCAGCUUCUCAUGGUCACUUAUCCCUAUUGUUCUUGGCCUAAUAAUUGGGAGGAUACGAUCAAUGAAGUUGAGAAAUGCUCCCAGGAUAUCAAGAUCAUCAAGAUCAGUUGGCAAAGCCCUCCCAGCCCUAUUUUGAAGCUUAAUACAAAUGGAAGUGCAUUGCAUAACCCCGGGAAGAUAGGAGGAGGGGGUAUAUUGAGGGACUCCAAUGGAAACAUGAUAUAUGCAUUCGCAAUCCCCCUUGGUAUUGGCACCAAUAACCAAGCUGAAACACAAGCCGCAACUCACAGAUUGGACUGGUGCGUUCAACAUGGUUACAGGAAAGUCAUCUUGGAAGUGGACUCAGAACUACUUACCAAAUGGCUCAAUCACAAAAGCAAGCCACCGUGGAAAUUGCAGCAGUACAUCACUCAACUUCACCAGAUUAUUACUCAGUUGGAUUUCUUCAAAUGCCAGCAUACCUACAGAGAAGCCAAUACAACAACAGAUUUUCUGUCCAAGGAGAGUCACAGAUCAGACAUCACUCAGCACUUCUACACUCAAAACCAGCUACCUGCAGCAGCUAAAGGAAGUUUCCUUCUGGAAAAGAUGGGAAUGACCAACUUCAGGAGGAAAAAGCUGAAAAGAAUUAAAAAAACCACCUUGAUUAAGGUGUUUCCCUCCCUUUCAACUUGA